UGGUGCCAUGUCGCUCAAGGGUCUAUUUUCGCAUGCGUAAUGUGAUAUACACCUCACGAUCUAAACUCUUUGGAAAGUAUAUAAAUAUCGCCCUAAUGGCGCAAUGAAAACAUUUAACGAACAUGUAGUGCAAAACAAAUAUAUUAUUUUUUCUAAUUAAAAUUAAAAACCCUUGUAAAUGGUAUUGAGACAUAUACGAACUCUCCACCCAGGUAUGUGUAAUGUUUAUUUAAUUUUCUAUAAUUAGGAUUUAACUCUGUAAUCAAAUGAUCUUGAAAGUUAUUUUCACACAGAUUGACUGAAGGCGAAGCUAUCGCUAACAAUAUAUCUCCGCUAGGCUACAAAUUUGUGAAAACUUGCAUGAUUUGCCAGCAGAAACCUCCGGCAUUCAUCCCCGACAAGCCAAACAUGUCUCCAGUAAGGCAGCCGGCCAGUAUUCCCACGCGGUUCAUGAUCGAAGAGGUGGACUACUGCCAGAAGCGGCCCGGCCUACAGGUCAUCACCUACGUGCACUCCGCCAUCCUGCACGUCAAACAAAGAGACAACAUCCGCGCCACCUGGGCCAAUGCCUCGGCCUACGAUCUGGGCGACAUCAGCGUUAAGGUCGGCGUCGUCUUUAUGGUGGGACGAGCCCAGAAUGACUUGGAGCGACAAAUAGUUCAGAGGGAGAGUCAGCGCUACCAUGACAUCGUUCAGCAUUGUAGGUUCAACGGCGCCUAG